AUGAAGAUUCUUUCAUGCCAAUCUGCCGAGGUUACCGUUAGGAGUGGUGUUUCCCAAAGCUCUGUUCUUGGCCCAACACUGUUCCUCGUAUACGUCAAUGACUGCGCAAACGAACUGAAUUGCGAUGUCGCAGUGUUUGCCGAUGACAUAAGGAUCUGGAGUACCAUACGAAGCGAAGUUGAUGAGGCGCGAUUGCAGACAAAUCUGGACCACCUCGAGCAAUGGUCGAGAGACUGGCUUCUACCGUUCAACGAAAACAAUUGUAACUUCCUACGCGUCGGCGCAACCAGUUCUCCUAUCCGCACGGUCUACCGUCUGACUGACAAACCACUGCAAGAAGUCGACGCCCAGAAGGACUUGGGCGUAUUGAUCACAACCUCGCUUAAGCCUUCGCUGCAAUGUUCAAAGGUGGCCAAGUCGGCAAUGUCCACUCUAUACCUCGUCAAACGGGCGUUCUCCUCCUUUGAUGAAGACUGCUUCGCCAAGGUCCUUCGAACUUUGCCCGAUCGCAUCUGGAGUUUUCUAUCCAGGCAUGGAUACCCUGAAUCACUAAAGACCUCGGCAUACUCGAAAAAGUUCAACGGCGAACACCGAAAGUUGUAUCUAGGCAGUGGUCACUACCCUACGAAACACGAUUAG